AUAAAGUCAAUAUGCCAAAAGAAAGGGAAAAUACUUUAGUAUACGUAUGCCUUUCUGUAUGACACUGGUCUGCUCUCCGGUUGAAACCUUCUUUGUUUCUCUGUCUCUCUCUGUUGUCUGUGCUUUCCUUCACGCCUUGAGCUUGAUUUCUUCGCUCACCCAAAACCCAUUUGGGUCUCAUUCAAUCCACAGUGGUUCUUAUCUUCGCUUUGAAUCGUUCUCAUCUAAAUUUCGCUACUUUAUCUUGAAUACAAGUUUCUGAGAUUUCUGGGUUUCUCUGAUCUGAUCAGUUGAAACGCUUAUCUGAUCCAGUCCGGGAUUUCUCAAGCUGUUAUUGGGUUUUCUCUUCGGUGUUUGGAUACUUUCAAACCGAAAGGAAACCCCUGGAAAAUUAAGCGAUUUUUAAAUUUCCUGACAGAUGAUACUUUGACAAAGCUAAAGCCUCCAGACAACGCCCUGUGAUAGUAUAUUUGUGAUCAGUUGGGUUUUCCAUUCUCUUUCUGAUAAAAAAAAAAAAAAAAAAGGCGUGCAGAAAGCAGAAGAUCUUAGAAUCUUAUUCUUUUUACAUUUUUAUCGUAUUUCCUCACUCUUCUCAGCAAUCAAACGGUGGAAAUGAUGGGAACUGGGAUGCGCUUUGGGCCUCUGCGCGGUGAGAACCGGUUCUACGUCCCAUCGAAAGGCAGAAAAAAUCAGAAUCAGCAAAAACAAGCUCGGAGAGUUAAAAAGGGUGAUGAGACUGAGAGGCUGGAUUCAUCUCCGACGAGCAAAGACCCUCCAAAUUCAUUGACAAAGCCUUUGGAGCUUCCUCUAAAGCCUGCCAGUAACCUUGAUAGGUUCUUGGAGUCCACCACGCCUUUCGUCCCGGCCCAGUAUUUCUCCAAGACGACAAUGAGGGGGUUGAGGACUUGUGAUGUUGAGUUUCAACCAUACUUCAUGUUGAAUGAUCUUUGGGAAACAUUUAAGGAACGGAGUGCAUACGGGGUGGGAGUGCCUUUUGUACUUAAUGAGGGUGAUUCUGUUGUUCAAUAUUAUGUUCCAUAUUUAUCUGGCAUACAAUUGUAUGGCGAGCCUGCUACAAGGUCAAAUGCUAAGCCAAGGCAAGCUGGUGAAGAGAGUGACAAUGACUACUAUAGGGAUUCAAGCAGUGAUGGAAGCAGUGACCAUGAAAGUGAUAAAGGCAUAAAAUUUACAAGAGAGCAGUUGGUUCAUAACCAUCUAAGAGGUGAGGUCCCAAUUAGACUGGCUAGACUGUCUAUAACAAAUGAUCACACUGCAAGACAACAAGGCUUUUCCAGUGAUGAUUUUGAAGCAGGGAAUUCUCAAGGUCGGCUGCUCUUUGAGUUUCUUGAGCAGGAUCUCCCUUAUUGCCGUGAACCAUUAGCUGACAAGAUAUUAGAUCUUGCAUGCCGGUAUCCUGGAUUGAGGACUUUAAGAAGUUGUGAUUUACUGCCAGCCAGUUGGAUGUCCGUGGCAUGGUAUCCUAUAUACCGAAUACCCACUGGUCCUACAUUGAAAGAUUUGGAUGCUUGCUUUUUAACAUACCAUACCCUUUCUGCACCCAUGACAGGUAGUGGAAGCACCCAGGCCUCGAUAAUUUAUCCUAGUGAGAUCGACGAUGUCCCCAAGAUUUCCAUGCGUGCUUUUGGGAUGGCAUCCUAUAAGUUAAAAGGAUGCAUGUGGGCACAACAUGGGGCUAGUGAGUCUCAACUGGCGAAUUCCCUCAUGCAGGCUGCAGACAGCUGGCUAAGACUGCUUCAGGUCAAUCACCCAGAUUUCAAGUUCUUUGCUUCACAUGGCAUGCACUAGGAGGGAUGAAGAAAUCAAGCAAUGACAUGCAGCUAGAUUAUUUUAAUUUCCUUGCCACAAAUCAUAGGGCUUUUAAGUUCCCUGUUGAAUGCGUGGUCAAGCUGGGUUAAAAGUUUACUUGAUGGAGUUUAUUUGAUGUGGAAUUCCCACUACAUGCAAAAAAGACAAAAAAAAAGUGGAUCAUCACAAGCAAAACCCUAUUUUAAAAAAGAAGAGAAAAAGACAAUACAAUACAAAAGGAUGAAAAAAGUGAAAAGAUCAAUGGCAUACGUUGAAGAAGUGGGGAAAAGAGACAAACAGAGAAGAUGGAGAUGAUUCAUGGCGGCCGAGCUAAAUAUGUUGUUAUGCUCCUAGAAUCUGAUAGCCUGCA